UUUCUAUUCAAUUCUGUCUUUAUUCAAUUCACAUCUGGGUUAAUUCGAGGGAAAAGUUCGAAAUGAAUUCCGAAUUUGAUGAUGUUUUAACUAAUCAACCUGUUGUGAUUGAUAAUGGAUCAGGUGUUAUAAAAGCAGGUUUUGCAGGUGAAGAACAACCGAAAUGUUUUUUUCCUUCCAUGGUGGGUCGACCUAAGCAUGUUCGUAUUAUGGCAGGUGCAGUGGAAGGAGAUAAUUUUAUUGGAAGAAAGGCUCAAGAGUUGCGUGGCUUGUUAAAGAUUAGAUACCCUAUUGAACACGGCAUUGUCACUGAUUGGGAAGACAUGGAACGUAUUUGGCAAUAUAUUUAUACCGAUGAACUAAAAACUCUUUCUGAAGAGCAUCCGGUUUUAUUAACUGAAGCGCCUUUAAAUCCUCGAACAAAUCGUGAUACUGCUGCUCAAAUCUUUUUUGAAACUUUUAAUGUACCUGCUUUAUUUACUUCGAUUCAAGCUGUUCUUAGUUUAUAUUCGUCAGGUAGAACUACAGGUAUUGUACUUGAUUCGGGUGACGGCGUUACACAUGCAGUACCUGUUUAUGAAGGAUUCGCGAUCCCUCAUGCUAUUCGUAGAGUUGAUAUUGCAGGAAGAGAUGUAACUGAAUAUUUACAACUUUUGUUAAGAAAGUCUGGCUAUAAUUUUCAUACAACAGCAGAAAAGGAAGUCGUCCCCAAAGAAGAAAAGGAAACAAGUGGUAAAUUAGACGAUUUUAUGUUACCUGAUGGAAAUAUUAUAAAGCUUGGACCUGAAAGGUUCCGUGCACCAGAAAUUUUAUUCCAGCCAGAAUUAAUUGGAGAAGAAUACCCUGGAAUUCAUCAAGUGAUUGUUGAUUGUAUUAGCCGUGCUGAUAUGGAUUUAAGGAAAUCACUUUAUUCAAAUGUUGUUUUAUCUGGAGGUUCCACAUUGUGUAAAGGCUUUGGUGAACGUCUUUUAUCUGAAAUUAAAAGACUUGCAUUAAAAGAUAUUAAAAUCAAAAUCUAUGCCCCGCCUGAACGUAAAUAUAGUACUUGGAUUGGCGGUUCCAUUUUAGCUUCCCUUAGUACAUUUAAAAAAAUGUGGGUAUCUGCUGAAGAAUACCAAGAAGAUCCUGAUAUCAUUCAUAAAAAGACCUUCUAAAUAAAAAGUCACGUCACAAGCUUGAAAAAUUA